GGUGAAGCAGACGCAUCAUUCAAAAGGUCUGAGAUUUGGUGUUGUUGGUGUCGUCGGGAGCUGUCGAAACAUCAGCGUCAGAAUGUGUUCGGGUGGCUUUGCUAGAUGUCUGGGGUUCACUCUGAUACCCUUGUGCAUUGUGUGUGUGCUCUGCAACAUCCUGCUCUUCUUUCCCGGAGGAAAGUCGGUGGACAGUAAAAACAUCACAGACCAGGUCUGGUACUUUGGAGGCAUUCUGGGAUCUGGAGUGCUGAUGAUCUUCCCUGCUCUGGUCUUCCUGGGUCUGAAGAACAAUGACUGCUGCGGUUGCUGUGGCAAUGAAAGCUGUGGUCGGAGAUUCGCGAUGUUGAGUUCGAUGCUGUUUGCAGGUAUUGGUGUUGUUGGUGCCGGUUACUCAGUUAUAGUCUCAGCGGUGGCCAUCAACCGUGGACCUAAGUGUUCCUUUUUUAUAAACGGCACCACACUCGACUGGGGCUAUCCUUUCUCCAAUGGAGACUACCUAGGCAACGCAACUUUGAGGGAUACUGUGUGUCAAGAGCCAGCGGGUGUGGUGCCCUGGCAUCUGUCUCUCUUCUCUGUGCUGCUGGUCAUGGGUCUGAUCCAGGUGGUGCUGUGUGCUUUUCAGGUGGUAAACGGCCUGCUGGGAGCUCUGUGCGGGGACUGCUGUGGAGGGGGUGAUGAGCACUGAGCACUGCAUGUGGCUGAAGGUUGCUGACUUUCCUGGUUCCAGAUGAUCCGACUCUUGCUUAAGACUAAGUAAUAUAGCAGUGAUAUUUUGUCAAAAAGCUCAUUGAUUCCAAUGUGGGAUUUAUCAGAAAACACUGGAAAUGACACGAGCUCUUUAAGAGUUUCCUAUUUCUUUUUUAAUGAACACAGAUGAGUCUGUCUUCGUGAAUCUGCUAUGCUGCAAAUAAUUUCCAACACUAGCCACUGUAGUCCCUGAUUUACUGCUAUGUGGGUUAGUUUUGUAGAAUUAAACUUGCUUUAAUUCAAUAAGAAAAUAUAUUUAAUGUCAUAUUUUAUGUCAUAUUUUAUUUUUUCAAUUUUCUUUCUUGUGUAGUCAAACAAAUGUAACUCCUAAAAGUGGCUUCUUUUAUAGAGGAGUUUUAUCUGUUGCUUGACUGCCUCCUGCUGGGGAAGAUGUAAAUUUACCUACACCAUUAAAAAAUAACGUCUUACAGAGA